CCACCCCAGACCCACUCCUUCGAGAGAGCUCACAGAAGCAGGGCUAAUGCAGAUGAGGCCCUGGCCAUAAGGAGCUCAUCCAUGGAAAGUUCUCUCACAGUCCUGCGGGUAAGCCUGUACCACCCCACGCUGGGCACUGCCGCCUUCAUCAAUGUCCCACUGGAGUUGCAGCAUGACACCAGCCCACUGCUGAUUGGCCGGGGACAUGACACCCACCUCCAACUGCAGGUGCCCCACCUUUCCCGCCGACACCUGUCCCUGGAGCCCUACCUGGAGCCCGGCAGCACUCUGCUGGCCUUCUGCCUCAAGAACCUGAGUCGCAAGAGCUGUGUGUGGGUCAACGGGUUGCUGCUGAGGUUCCUGGAGCAGGUCCCCCUGAGUGUCACCAACAGGAUCUCCUUUUCCAAUAUCCAGAUGACUAUCCACAUAGAGAGAGGCACCUCCCUUGAGGCCUUUGUUUGCUGCUUCCAUAUGAGCCCCUCACCCCUGAUUUACAGACCCAAGGCCGAGGAGACAGAUGAAUGGGAAAGCAUCCCCCAGGGGCAGCCCCUCCUGGGUUCAGAGGAGCGAACUCCAGUUCACCUGGGGUUCUCUACAUCCCCUCCCAGACUUGGAACAGCCCACUGCAGUCAAGCCCUGGAGGAGGAACAGAAAUAUAGCUCUAGAGGGAGCUGCCAGACACUGCUCUCUGCUAGCCCUGCUGCUGAGAGCAAGGCUUGCUGAAACAGGGCUUGAAAUAUUUGAGCUACAUCAUGCAAAGUUGACAUGGAAGGUUGACAUUUGAGGCAUGCUGACUGCCUCACUUAUAAUGAACCAAUUCUGCAAACACUGAGCAGCCAGGGGGUGGAGAAGCGCCCUCAGUGGCUAGAAGUAAUGGGAACUUCAUAUACUUUUAGAGGCCCUGAGGGGUUCUGGGGAGACUCUCUCAGCAUUUCCCCACAUUCCCCGCCUUGUCUGACUAGGAGUUACUUUAUGUUGCUCAUUUCGCACACUGCAUAAGAGGAGGAGUUUGAGGUUGCAGCAAGAAUGCACGGACACAUGUAGCAAUUACGUUUGUGGUAGCUUGGGGUUACCUUCAGCUUUCAAAUACCCACAGGCACUCAGGGCUUAGGGAAGCCUGGGUUUAAUAAACUGCAAGUAUUUCAUUAAGCUGGCAUACCCAAUAGGAUUCUCUGAUCCCCAUAUGGGCCACGUGAUCGCCACGUUGUCAUGCGGAGGUGGGGGUGGGAAACCUAGAAGAGGUGUAAGAGGAAAUUGGAAAGGUAGAGGCUCACAUUUCUGGAAAGAUGCAGGCAGAGCUCAGUACUUCCAGGAUGGGAGCCAGGAGCUGGGACUGCCUGGAAAUCCAUUGUCACCACUGUUACCAUGGCCUUCCUCAUCCUCACACUCUCCCAUUCUCUGUUACUUCUGGAUCAAAGCUUUGGCCAAACCAAGAGCAAAAAAAGGUCUUCAGAAAAAGGUGUUUUCCCAGAGCAAAUGGGCUCUUUCAGGACUAAUUCUGCAAGUGGGGAUGUUGUGUUAGAAUUCAGUUCAGAAGUUAUUAUACUCAGAUGUAUCAUUUAUCAGUGGGCAGAGGCAGUCUUUCCAAAAAAGGGAUUGAUAAGGAUCUGGGCAGGCCAAGGAUGGGAGAAUGCCUCCGUGAACUGGGGGUGCAGCAUGCUGGCAGCCACUUGCCACGCUAUCCUGGGAGUGUGGACUAGAAUCAGUGUCCAUCCAUGUAAUACAGGGUGGGACCUACAAACUCAGAUGGUCACCAUGGUCCAGGGUAUCCAAGAUGCUGUACCCACUGUGACGUGUGUCUGUGGGGCUCUAUAACCACCUCUGACUUUUGCCAUUUCCCAUCAAAGAAAGACCCUUUUGCACCCAUGGCAGGCCAUAGGAGGUUCAACUCUGCUCCCAGACCCUCAGCCUCUUCCCUCUGGGGAAGUUAGCACUGGUCAAGACCCAGCCAUGCCUUUGCUUGGGAAGCUUUCCCUCCGCUUGGAAAUUAGAGCCACAAGGCAGAGGAGAGCACGGUCUGCAGGGAGGGGACUGAUCCAUGCUGUGAACAACCCCUUGGGACUGUUCUUCUCUCGUUUAUUCAACUUUCAUCAAGCACUCCUCCCCUUUUGCCAGAUGUGUACAAAGCCCCAGGAACUAGCAUUGAACAAGGCUGACAGUCUCCGCUUCCACAGGCUCAGGAAGACUAUAGGUUACUUACAUGGGUUCAGGAGCUAGUGACUUCGUUAUUUGAUCACCACUGUUGAUUGGUGCUCUAGUAUUUUCUCUCUCCUCCAGCUGGACAUAUUAUUAAGUGACUUCGUCUACUAUGGACUCACUACUCUGCUGGGUGCGGUGUAUAUUGCUUUAUCCAACCUCACAGCAUUCCAGAUAGGUGAUGAAUUGUAUUAACCACAUUUUACAAGUGAGGAGACUGAGGCUUGCAAAGGUUAAUUAUCUUGCCCAACCCUACACCAUUUACGAAAUGCAUGAUCUUGGGAAAGUGACUUAGACUGUUUUUGCCUAUAUUUUUCCCUCUUGAAAAUAACAUGCAAAGUGCUCUGUGCCAUGCCUGGUACACAGUAGGCAUUCAUAAGGGUCAGCCACUGUCAUGGGACCUGAGAGAAGGAACUCAAUAGGUAUAAAGUUGAGGGCUCACUGCAAACCUGCAGCUUAGGAAGAUGUGAACCCUGGCAGGGUGGCUCCCAGAACCCAAAGGUUUAUUGCUUUCUGUGAUUCCCUGAUGGAGGGUUUGGUUUUAGCUCUGGACCUUUGAGUAGUCAGGAGGGAAUUUUGACCUGUUUUUGCACCAAAAGGCCCAAUAGCCAGGGUUUACAGAACAAGAAACACCUUGUUGGGGCUGGCAAGAAAUGGCCACGCAUAGUUUGAUCUGAUGGAGCCCAUUGUUUGGAACUGCUGAUUCUAAAGGCAGCAAUGAUCCCUCACAGACUGAAAUGAAGCCCAAAUGAUGCAUUACGGAGCACCUCCCACCUAGGGAAACAGAGGUCACAUCUAGAGAUUAGACAUGAGCAUCAAAGACAGAAGACAGCAAGCUGGUGGGAGCACUGUGGGUCCCCAGGUGCAGCUUCCUGACCC